CAUGGGUCCUGGACAUGUGGACAUGAAGCAAACUGAAGGGAGUUCAGCAUGAGAAGGUGAUUGCACAGUGAUAGUUCCUGCUGAACAGCCAGAGGAGAGCUGAGGUCAGAUAAUGGCAUCCAGGUUCAUGCCAGCUGAGCCAAAGGCCCUCGUAACUUUUGUGGAUGUAGCCGUGAAUCUCACCCAGGAGGAGUGGCAUCUUCUGGGCCCGGACCAGAGGAGUCUCUACAGGGAUGUUAUGCUGGAGAAUUAUGACAACAUUGUUUCACUGGGAUUCCAAGUGACAAAGCCUGAUGUGAUAUCUCAACUAGAACGAGGGGAAGAGCCAUGGGUCCUAGACACACAAGAAACUGAAGAGAAAAAAGCCGUAAGAGGUGGCUGCUUAGAUUGUGAAACUCAGACUGAGAGUGAGGAAUUGUCUCCAAAGCAAGAAAUUUCUGAUGAAAUGAGAUGCCAGAAUCUAAUAUUGCAGAGACUCAGAGGAGUUAUGCCCCAAGGACCCACAUUUGGAGAAGCUGUUGGAAAUGAGAAUAUGUUAAAGGAAAUGUGGGGACCACCUGCAGGGAGGAACCUGAGGACACUACUUUCCCAAAAGAAAGGUUUCAGGCCAGUACCCAUGGUCCAUCAGAAGCCCCUCAUAUUGCAAAGAGGUCAGGAAUGUAGUGAAUUCAGGGAAAAUCUCAAUUUGAGUAUUCCUCCUGCAACAUAUCAAAGAGUUCCUCCAGAAUGGAGACCCCAGCAAUGUGAUGAAAUGGGCCAAAUAUUUGAACAAAAUUCAGAACUAAUUACAUAUCAGAAAGAACAACCAGAAGAGAAGCCCUAUAAAGCUAAAGUUUAUUGGAAAGCAUUUACUCAGAAUUCAAACCUCAUUGAACUUCAGAGAAUUCACACCAGGGAAGAACCCAGUGAGGGUGAUACCAGUGAAGAAACCUUCAACCAGACAUCAAUCCUUAUCAAGAAGGAGAAAGUGCUUAAUGGGGAAAAACCCUAUGAAUUUAAUGACUGUGGAAAUACCUUUAACACACAGUUAUCCUUUAUUCAAAACCAUAAAAUCCCCACUUUAGAGAAACCUUAUCAGUGUACAGAAUGUGGGAAAGCCUUUAGCUUAAAAGGAAACCUUAUUCGACAUCAGAGACUUCACACUGGAGAGAGACCAUUUGAGUGUAAUGAAUGUGGAAGUGCCUUCAGCUUGAAGGGUAACCUUAUUCGACAUCAGAGACUUCACACAGGUGAGAAACCAUUUGAGUGUACUGAAUGUGGGAAAGCCUUCACUCGGAGCACUGCUUUUAUUCUUCAUCAAAGACUUCACACUGGUGAGAAACCCUAUGAGUGUACUGAAUGUGGAAAAGCCUUCAGCCAAGAAGGAAACCUAAUCCAGCAUAAGCGAUUUCACACUGGCGAGAAACCCUACCAAUGUAAUGAAUGUGGAAAAGCCUGUAGUGACCGAACAUCCCUUAUUCACCAUCAGAGAAUUCACACUGGGGAAAAGCCCUAUGAGUGUAAUGAAUGUGGGAAAGCCUUCAUUCUGAAAUCAUGCCUUUUUAGACACCAGAGAAUUCACACUGGAGAGAAACCAUAUCAGUGUAAUGAAUGUGGAAAAGCCUGUAGUGAUCGAACAUCCCUUAUUCACCAUCAAAGAAUUCAUACUGGAGAAAAACCUUAUGUGUGUAAUGAAUGUGGGAAAGCUUUCAGCCAGAGUUCAAGCCUCAUUACACAUCAGAGAAUUCACACUGGAGAAAAACCGUAUGAGUGUAAUCAAUGUGGAAAAACCUUUAGUGCAUCUUCAAAUCUCAUUCAACAUCAGAGAAUCCACUCUGGAGAGAAACCUUAUGAAUGCAUAAAAUGUGAGAAAACUUUUAUUUUGAAGUCUUACCUCAUUAGACACCAGAGAAUCCACUCUGGAGAUACCUUGUGAAGGAAGACACCUUUUUGGGAGAACCUUUAGGACACAUGCUUCCAUUGUUCAGCAUUAAAACCACAUAGGCAACAUACCACAUAUUGUAAAAGAACCACAGAACCUUUACUGUAGAAAUGAUUGUGAUCAAGUCUUUAUCCAGCACUUCAGUCUUAUUCACCAUCACAAGAGUUAUUCUGGAGAAGAAAAUCCCAUGAUGUAAAUUUAGUAAUAGCCUUCAUUUUGCAAAUUAAACAUUUAUAAGGAAAGUCCUUUUGCUUCUCAAAAUGCUACCCAUGUGAUUUAAGUAUGCUGCAACUACAUGGUGGUAUGGUAGCUACCACAUGAAUUGAACUUAAAGGAUUCACAUCCUGCUAAUGUUAGUCCUUUGUAAGAGGCUAUUUUUACCUCUUCAAACACUACAUAUGUGAUUAAUGUUUUCUGCAUCUGAAUGAUUGUAUGGUGCUGGCUGACACAUGAAUUUGAACUAUAUAGGCUUCAUAUUCAUGAAAGUUCCUGACUUUCCAAGGGCAGCCUUCUGGUCCAAUUCUCACAUUUUUCAGCAUGAAUCUCAAUAUUGUUUUAUAUUUUGGAAAGCCUUUAUUAACUAAGGUAAAUUAGGUGACUUUAGGGAAAUCCUAUAUCUAACUAAACACAAUAUUUUAAAGGACAUUUGUUAACCAAUUUCUAAGCUUCAAUUAGGUAGCUUUCCUCCUUAGCUAAUUGUUCUUUACCUUUUAUCCUUGUAGACAGCCACAAGGAGAAAGAUUUGAAACUUUUCAAUAACAUCAUAAUGACCACA